AUGCUAAGACCAUCUGUGCUCACAUGGUUGUGCAUUGUAGCCUCAUUUUUGGAGGGAUACGCCCUGAGCUACGGGGUUGGACAACUUGUAUCCGUUGCAUUUUUGCGGAGCUGUAGCGGAAUUAUUGUUAACAAGAGCUGUUGUGAAGCCAUUGCAGAUGCCCAAUGCUUCUGCAAACAGAAGGCGGAUUAUUUUCAAUGCCAAGCGAGGUACGACACAUCCAAGGCCGAGAGCCCAUGUGGUGAACAAAAACCUGCCAGUACGGCAACAAAUCACAUAAUAUGGGUACUGCAGAACUGCAAUGCGAAUAAUACCGGAAAUUGUUUCCCUCUUAAAUGCAAAUGUAAGAAGGAUGGUGUUAGUAGCCCCGUCAAGGAGCCAAAGUUUUCAUGCACCAUGUGCAAAGAAGGCAAAAGCGAGACCUGCAAGACGAGUGAACUGGUACCAGUAGUAUGUACAAAGAAAGUUGUUACUGUCGAGAAAAAGGAUACUACGGCAGCCAAGGAAAAACAAAUUGAUGCUGGUAGUGGCGAUUCUACAGGCGGGAAAGGUGGUUCUACUAGUGAGAAAGCUGAUUCUCCUAAACCGGAACCGGGAAGCGCAAAUAAAGGUAGUUCGUCACCUUCUCAGCAGCAAAAUUCCACGCCCCAAUGUCCCAUGCCACAAGAAAAAGGUAAGGGGGGAUCACAGGGAACAGUACAAGCGGAAACUGAGAAAACUAAGGCUAAAGCAGACGCACAAGGGAAUGUUGGAGAGAAAGAGCAAGUGAAAGCUGAUCAAGGAGAACAGGAAUGCAAAGAUGGAGAGAAAGAUAAUGAAAAGGAAGAGGAAAGCAAAUGUUUUUGUAAGAAUGUGGUAGGUAUGGACUGUACAGAAACGUGUAAAGAUUGCAGCUGCGCAAAGAAAGAAAAGGAAAAAAAAGAAAAGACAAAGAAAAGAAAAGAAAAAGAAAAGGAAGGAAAGGAAGAAGGAGCAGGAAAAGAAAAAAAUGUUGUUAAUAAAAUGAGGUGCAUUGAAUGGAUAACUACGAACAAUGCACAACACUACCUGUUACGGAAUGCGCAAAGCUCAACAUGUGAUGAUUGUGAUCUGACAUUAUGGCUCGAAGGCGUGCCGGUGGGAAACAGAGGCGACAUGUGUUGCGUAUCCGUCGUAAAUGAGCCGCCGUUUACAUGCUGCUGGCAGAAGUGGAACCCCGAUGCCGAUAGGCUUUACAUAGGCUAUAUGGAUGCCAACUGCCCGCUCUGCUCCAUUGUCGAGGUACGACAAAUGGAUUUCGCAAAAGAAUUCUCUCACCAUCUAAAGGAGUCGUUUCCUCACCACUUCAAUAUUCGUAAUAUUAAAUUCGGAUCAUGCUGCCACUCUACGUUUUACUUGAAAUUGAGCUGCGAUAAAAGAGACAAGUAUCCACACCUCCAUCGACGAAAAUACAAUUUCAAAGAUCACCCGAUAUCGUACAUCUACUUCACUACAGCUGCAGUAAUGGAUGAAGAAUUGGAAAAACUGGCGGAGAAACGAGAACAGGCAAAAACCGCAUCAGCAGCUGCAAGUACAGGUUCCUCAGGUGUAUCCAGUAGCUCCGGUGUAAGUGGAAAGGGUGCACCCAGUGGCCCUCUAGGAGCAGGUGGAAAGGGCACAUUGGGCGGUGGUGGGCAAGCAGCAGCAGCGGCUGCUGCGCCAGUGCCACAAAAGCCUGGUCAAAGUCCAACUCAACCUAGUGACAGCGCACCACAACCCGCACCUGACCCUGCCAAAACGUGUGAUGAUAACGGAAAUCUUGUUCUGUCGCCGUCGACAGAAUUUCUGGUUGACCAAAAGUACAAAAAAUGCUGUUUCGGCGUUGCUACCAGGAUAUUCACCUAUUAUCGGUACGUAACAGAAAUGUUGGGGUGUCGCUACUGUGUUAAGGAGAAGUGUGAUGAAUCGAAUCGGCCAAUCCAUUGUGAUUGUACAGGUGGUAAAUGUUCUAUAGGUUGCUGCGUCAAAGUCCCAUUUACCGAUGAGAUUUCCACCCAAAAGGCGGCUAAUGAAUACAGAUACCUCUUAAUGGUUGGCUUCUGGGUCCUAUGCUUGUUUAUACACUACAUUCUAAUGCACCUGUUCCGGUUUUAUACCAGUCCAAGUAGUGUAGUGUACUGCGAUUUUGGCGUGCGUCUGGAAUCCAUCACCACAGGCGGCUGGAAGGACACUAUUACAGAGCAAUUGGCAGACCCGAACUCUGAGGUCUAUUCAGUCAAAUAUUAUGACACCGAGGAGGGCAUGGAAAGUAUAGUGAAUGCUAUGGAAUUGUUCAUACCCGGUAAGACUGACACUUUCGCGAAAUGGGUGAAGGCACAGGUGGCGACGGUUUUACCGGAAUAUGUGCAAGUGACCGAUAUGAGUAAAUUCUACACUGCUUGUGUGGCGAUGUGCCUAAAUGCAAUCGCACAGUGCUUCGAAAUCGUUACGCCAAUAAUUCGACGUCACCUACAGAGGUGGGAAAUGCGCUGGGAGAAGGAGUACGCAUGCUACAAGGAAUCACUCGUCAGCGCAAUAGGGAAAUCUGCCCAUAUGUCAAGGUUGGCACAGGUGAUGCGGUACGAAAUGGACUCUUUUAUGUACAACGCCGUGCCAGACCUACCAGAUUCUGUCUGGGCCACAUUGGUCAACGAAAUUAAAAUGUAUCAAUGGAUAGCGGAACAUGAACAGAAGCUACUGAGGAAACGGAGAUCCGGCGAUUACGACAGCCAGCUGACAAUUAAGCAGGUUUUCGACAGAGUGUGGAGGAAGCGCAUGAGGCUCAUUGAAAAGCUUGUGGAAGAGGGGAGGGUCGUCUUCCACUGGGAUGGACUCAUAAGUUCGUAUAAAGCGUUGCAGAAGUAUUACGCACGACGGGAUCUGGCCUUUGGCAUUACAGAAGAACCGCCUCUCGUCAUUGGUGACUCACCUGCCGACGACUUUCACCCUGUGGAUGCCACGCCACACACAGACGCCGCGACACCGUCGCAGGCAGAGGCGAAUUAA